ACCUGGGCGACCUUAGGCACAUAUAAGGUGAAGUGACUACAAUUUCGGGUAUUCAUCGACAAUAAUUGUACUUUUCAUUUAUUACAAUUUUGUGCGUUAUUUCGUUACUUUCAAAUCAUGCUGCUGGUGGUACUGCAGAUAAUUGUGAUUUUCUUUUUGGUUGUUUACCUGUACAACAGGCUUACGUGUGGGGUAAUGGAAAGCAUAACUUGUUUGGCGGGUAAAACCGCCAUUGUGACUGGGGGUAACUCAGGAAUUGGCCUACAAGUAGUGAAAAUCCUGGCCUCCAGAGGAUGCAGGAUCAUAAUAGCCGACAAGGUCGAUUCAGAAAAAAGCAAGCGAGAAGUCAUAAACGAGACCGGCAACCCAAACAUUCUAACAAAACAUUUGGACUUGUCGUCUUUUGAAUCGAUACGAGAAUUUGCCGCCGACAUAAAAAUAACCGAGCCCAAGCUGGAUAUUUUAGUAAAUAAUGCUGGAGUUGGGGCUUUUUACGACCAAACUACGAAAGAUGGGAUUAAUGCUUUGAUGCAAAUUAAUUAUUUCGGACCCUUUUUGCUAACACAUUUGUUAACAGAUUUGUUAAAAAAAUCUUCUCCAAGCAGGAUAGUAUUCACGAGUUCUUGCUUGGCAUUUACAACAAAUCUUAGCGAAUCGCUGGAAAAUUUCAAAAACCCUGAAACUUCGAAAUGGUCCAUCAUACCCAACUCCUUGAUUUACACGUAUGGAAACUCAAAAUUGGCAACCCUGAUUGCCUCUGAUGAGAUUGGAAAUAGGCUUAAGGGUACUGGAGUAACCAGUAACUCCUGUCAUCCUGGUGCUUGCAGGACGAAUAUUUUUGUUACCAGCCUAAAGGGUUACAAUUUUUUCUUUUAUUUUACCGAGUUUUGGAACUUUAUAACUUCUAAGACGGUUUGGAAUGCGGCUCAAACUACAGUACAUUUGGCAACAUCUAAAAAUGUAGAAAACAUAACUUCGAAUUACUUUUGGGACUGUAAACCUUUCUAUAAACCAUUUUUGGCGAAAAAUCCUGCAUUUUGUGCUAAACUUUUCGAAACCACUGAAAAUAUUGUUGGGUUGAAGGAAAGUGAAAAAAUUGUUAAAUCAUAAUUAAUAUUUUGUUUUGAAUAAAAUUAUUUUAAUA